AUGGCCUCUUAUGUGUUUGUCAAAAUGCUUCUGCCAAUCUUCCAAUUUGCCCUGUUGCUUAACCUUGCAUUGGCAGCGAGGAGGCUCACUGAGUCUACCCAAGAUCAGCAAACCCAACUCUUCCAAUACCACAACGGUCCUCUUCUCACCGGAAAAAUCUCCAUCAAUGUCAUAUGGUACGGCAAUUUCAAGCCUUCCCAGAGAGCCAUUAUCUCCGAUUUCAUCGCGUCACUGUCAUCUCCGUCGUCUCAGAGCCAACCCUCUGUCGCCGAGUGGUGGAAAGCCACCGAGAAAUACUAUAGCCUGAUCAACUCCAAGAACCCAUCUUCAGUCCAGCUCUCCACGGGGAAUCAAGUCCUUGAUGAAAAUUACUCUUUGGGCAAAUCACUCACCAGUCAACAAAUCGAACGGUUGGCAGCUACAGGUGAUCAGGUCAACGCCAUCAAUGUGGUAUUAACUUCAUCUGACGUGGUAGUUGAUGGGUUUUGUUCGAGUAGAUGUGGGUCCCACGGGUCUCUUUCUUCCAAAACUGCCCUUGUUGAGGGCAAAAAUCACAAGUUUGCAUACAUCUGGGUUGGUAACUCGGAGACUCAAUGUCCUGGUUUCUGUGCCUGGCCAUUUCACCAACCCAUCUACGGACCACAGAGCCCACCCUUGGUUGCACCCAACGGCGAUAUAGGUUCCGCCGGAAUGGUGAUAACCUUGGCUAGCCUUUUGGCUGGGACGGUCACGAACCCAUUUGGAAAUGGCUAUUAUCAGGGACCAGCUGGUGCACCACUAGAGGCUGCCUCGGCUUGUCCUGGGGUUUAUGCUAAGGGAGCUUACCCAGGCUAUGCUGGGGACUUGUUGGUCGACCCUACCACCGGUGCCAGCUACAAUGCGAAUGGUGCUAAUGGGAGGAAGUAUUUGCUGCCUGCUUUGUUUGAUCCAUCGACCCAAUCAUGUACCACUCUAAUUUGA